GAUCUCAAUUGGCUGUGGAUCGUGCGGCGGGUAGUGAUGCGAACACUGGUAGCCGUGCUGUGCGCAUGGCUGCUCGCGCUCGGCGUGCACGCCAAGACGACAAUGACAGUCGCACGCAGGGAGCUGCUCUCGACAGGGCACGUCGAGGUGCUCAACGGCACCGCGGGAGCGCUGGCGCUCGCCUUCUACCUCACGGCACCGGCCGACUUGCAUUAUGCCAUUGUCGAAUCCGGUCGCGACGCACUGAUCGCCGACGACAUCAAGGCCGCGGCCGUCGGCAACGCGUCUGCAUAUGGCGUCGUCGUCGCCAGCACGAUCGUUUCGGAGACGGCGCAGCGCUUGCGUUGGUCCGUCUCGUCGCUCACGCCCAACGUCUCGUACGACGUGUACUUUGUCGCGGAAGUGUCCAAGAGCAACGGCGUCUUUGGCACGGUCGUGUCGGUCAACGGCACAACGACGCACCCGGAGGCACCGCUCGUGCGCGUCCUCGACCACUGGGCACAGCAUGCGACGACGACCAUGGCCGCGCUCUCGGUCAACGUGACGUUUCCGGGGCUCUUGCACUACGUCGUCGUUCCGAUCGAGGCGAGCCAGAACCUCUCGUCGCUCGACAUUUGGCACAACGUCACUGGCGCCACGCGCAGCGCCCACAUUGCCAACGGGACGCUUGUCAACAUAACGCACUUGACGCCGUUCACCACGUACGACGUAUGGUACGUCGCGGAAGUCGACGGCAGCCACGGCGUCCUCGGUGCACCGGGGUACAUUGAACACGCGUUCACGACGUUUGCAGUCGCGCCAACGCUCGGACGCCUUGCGUGCGCGCCGCUGGACGCUUCGACCACGAGCGUCCAAGUGGCCUUCCGCCUCGAGUUUCCGCGCCACGCCUUUGAGAGCAACAACGUAAAGGCGUCGCGCAAGGCGCUGCAGUACCACAUCCACUACGUCGCGUUCACGGACGACGAGGCUGCGUUUCCAGACGGUCGCGCGAUCACAUCCGCUGUCAACACGACGACCCAGCAGCAGGUGGGUACGGUGGCGUUCUCGCUGCCGACGCAGCCGACCGAUGCGGCAGUGCUGGUAUCGGCGACGGCGACGACGGUGGACGUGGCUGUAAACGUCUCGUCGCUCGGCGUCGGGACACCGUAUACGCUUGCGUUCGUGCUCGAGACGAUGCAGAGCGACGGUGUCUUCAGCAACGCCGUGACGACAACGACCACAUGUGCGACGCAUGCCGCGGCGCCAAGCGUCGACGCCGUCGUCGUCACGGCUCAAAACACGACCACGGACGUGUUGGUCGCUACCGUGACGCUCGACCGCAUCGCGGACGUCCAUGUCAUCGUUGGCCUGCCGCGCGCGUUUCGCGAAGUGCCAAUGGCACUCUCGUCGCAGCUAUCGACGUACCUCACCACGUACAACGCUUCGUUUCGGCACAUUACGUUGCACGCUUCCAGUAACGUCAGUUCGCCGAUGGGCGCGCUGCUCGACGUGCAGACGCACGCCAACCUGUCGUAUACAAUGCAAGUGGCCGUCGGGGGGUUGGAGGCGGCAACCAUCCACGGUCUCCUCGUCUUGGCCGAGACGAGCCACAGCCACGGCGUCUACAGCACGCCCUUUCCCACCGUCGAGGCGCGCACGCACGAGCCGGCGGGCGACGUCACCGUGGCACAUUCGGGUCCCGUGCUCGGCUCGACGUCGCAACUUGAGGUGCACGCCUCGUCGUCGGAUCGCCGCGACCAGCUCGUUGUCUGCUACACGAGCGAGACCAAUCGUACGGCCCAUUGCACCGAGCUGCCGCCAAAUGGCGUCCUUGGAAACCUCUCGGCCGACACGCUCUACGAUGUGUCCGUGCACGCAGUCACGGCCCACGGCGUCGAGAGCAACCGCGUGGAUCUGGCGCCGCUUCGCACACACGCGGCGGCACCAAGCGUCGAGACGGUGACGCUGCGACACCGCCCGGGCGUCGCGUCGCUACUCGACGCGAGCAUCACAACCACGGGAGUCGGCUUUGUGCAUUCGCUGAUCGUGCCGACGGCCGAGGUCGAUGGCUGGACGCUACCGUCGAGAGAGGCACUACUUUCACACGCCACGCGGCGCGUCGAGCUGCCACGCCACGCGCGGACGUCGCUCGUCUUGGACAACUUGCUGCCCAACACGUCAUACUCGCUGCUCGUGCUGCUCGAGUCCGCCUAUGCGGGCAACGCGUCGUCGGCGGUCUUUAGCGACGCCGUCGUCGUUCAAAACCUCACGACGUAUGCGCGUGCCCCAACGAUUCUGCAGUCGACGGUGCUUCCCGCCAACGCGUCGAUCGAUGCGAUCGUCAUGACGGCCAACCUCUCGUCGCCCGGGCGGGUCCACUACAUGGUGAGCGACAUUGCUUUCGACGACCCGCUCGUCCUGCGCACGAGCGAUGUUGUGCAGCCGAACGUUCGCCGAGGGUUCUUUGAUGUCACCGAGCGCAUCUACGAAGCGCGCAAUGCGACCGUCGACGGUGUCAACGUCACCGAGUGGCAUCCCCUCGACGUCUACAACAAUACGGUGACGCUCCCGACGCUCGCCAGCGCGACCUUGUACCAUGUCUACUUGGCGACCGAGACAUUCGAUUCCGACGGUGUCUUUGGCGUCGGACUGCCGCCGCCCCACGUCGUCACGACGCAUGCGCCGCCGCCGACGUUUGACGUGCUGCGCGUGACGCCGGCGCAAGGCGUCGCAACCUCGAUCGAGCUCUCGUUUGGCCUCUCGUCGUUCGGAAACGUGCACUACAUCCUGCUGCACCGAGGGCUCUACGUCGUGCAAGACACGCGCAAUGCCACCGAGAUUCCUGCCAACGAGACGUGCCCGACAAGUGCAGUGGAGGUUGCAACGCUGACCGCCGCUGACAUCAAGGCGGCGACGCUGGAUCGUCUUGGUGUCGGCGUUGUCGACAAUGGCACGAUCGCCGUGUCCCGCGACGAGUGGCAAAAGCAUGCGGACCAUGGCGCGUCCAAAACCUUCACCUCUCUGCGGCCCGGGUCCCUCUACGAGCUCUGCGCCGUGCCCGAAACGGACGCGAGCGAAGGUGUCUUUGCCGCCGUCGUGUGCGCGCCUGUGCGCACGCACGCCGACUACACCAACCUCUCCCUCGCGUACGAUGAACUCACGGCGGCGCCCGUCAAUGCAACGACGAACGGUGUGCUUUUGACGUGGAAAAUGACGUGCCUUGGCGACUGCGGCCGGGAUCCGUACUUUGUCUUGACCAGCGACGCCUUUGGUGGCCGAUCGGAGCUGCACCUGCCGCGGGACACACCUUUCCACCGCGUCGCGCCUGGCCAGCCGGGCAUCGUGGCCGCUGGGCGCAUGCAAUUGUCGACGACCGUGGCAAGCGACGAUCGUGACGCCGUCGUCGUCACCUACCACGCGGACGUCCGCGACUUGGAGCCACAUGCAUCGUACCACGCGUUUUUCGCCGCCGAGACGCAGGGCAGUGGCGGUGUCUUCUCCAGAAUCAACGCCAACGGGAACGCGACGACCGUGGUCGCAGUGACGACCCAUGCGUCGGCGCCGCGGCUUCGGGCGUACCGGGCCGAGCCGACGUACGGCAACACGACAGGGAUCGACGUCGUUGUCGAUUUCGAUGGCGCCGAGGGCGGCGCGAUUGUACAUACGCUGGUGACGCCCGCCAACUGCGCGAUGACCAACCCGCGCUGCGUGCUCCUCAACGAGACGCAUGCCGUGGCCGCGCCGCAGCGCGAGGUGAAAGACCAUGUGCUCUUUCUGGAGAACGGACUGUUGCUCUCGCCCAAUACGUCGUACGACGUGUACAUUGCAACCGAGACAGUCGGUAGCUUCGGCGUCGUGUCGCCGUGGCGCCAAACGUCUGUGCGCACGCACCCGCCGGCCCCGCGGUUCACAACCGUCGCCGCCAAGCCCAAAUCGGCGUCGACGACCGAACUCGAGCUCAGCUUUGCCUUGUCGGCGCCGGGCAUUGUGCACUUCAUGGUCAGCGACGACAGCGAGCACAUUGAGGUCGCGUCCGUCUAUAACGUGAGCGCCAAGAAACCGCGCGGGUCGAACGACGACUGGCACCGGUACGGGUUCGAAAAGGUCAAGUGGCGUCGGUCGGUGCCAGCGUCCACGACGGUGCACACCGAGCUGCUCCAGCUCUUAGUUCAAAACACCAACUACUCGCUACACUUGGUCGUCGAGACGAAGGGCGACGCGGGUAUCUACGGCCCCAUCACCGUGCUCCGCAACAUCUCGACCUUUGGCCACGCGCCGUUGCUCCUCGCCCACGAGGCGGCGCCGACGCCAGCGUCCACGUCCCAGCUGCGAGUGCAGUACAAGCUCAACACCUACGGCGUGCUCCACUGUCUGGUCACCAUGGCGUCGCGCUGGCGGCCCACGGCGCCCGACGUCGUCUAUGGCAACGUGCUGGGCUUGGACCACACCAUUGUGGCGCAAAAGAGCUUGCUCGGCGACGCUGGUACGUUUGACGUCGAUGUGCCGUUGGCCAACCAGACGUACGACGUGCUGCUCGUAACCGAGACCGCCGGCAGCGACGGUGUCUACGGCACCGUCGCCCGCCUCGAUGCGAUCAAGUCGUCGGACGUGGCACCGGUCGUCGACCAAGUCAACGUUUCGGCCACCGACGCCCGCAACGACGCCCUCAAUGUGCGCAUCGUGCUCAACACGGUGGGGAUCGUAUACUACUCUCCCGCGCUCAAGGGUGCGACGCCGACGACCGACCGCACCAAGACCCAUCUCCUCUCGAACGCGUCGAUGCUCGAGGCCACGCUGCUCCUCGAUGGUCUCGCGGAAGGCACGCUCUACGAUAUCUACAUUCAAACCGAGACGCUCGGCAGCUACGGCGUACUGGGGCCGCUGCUCCGGGUCGACAAUGUAGUGCCGACGCACGGCCCACCGCCGUUGAUUCUCGAAGAAGUCGACUGUGCCUACGCGCCGGCCUGCGACGCGCUUGGCCGUGAACCGUGCCUUGCCGUCACCAACACGUGUGGCGAGUGUCUCGUUGGUUUUGUGGGGGAUCGUGGCGCCCACAACACGGCGUGCACGCAGGCGGCGUCCGAAGCGCCCAAGCCUCGCAAAGCGAAAAAGUCGAUUGGUAUCAAGAUUAGCAGUGCCAAGGCCCACGCCGAGCCCAAGUCGGUGGAACCGGCACCGGUGGCCGUUGCGUCUGUCAGUGUCGCACCGGUGGAGGCAGCACCGUUGCCACCUGCCGACGCUGCACCGGCCGUUGCAACGAUGGCGCAUGUCGACAUGUGCCCUGCCCACGCCCACGCGUCGCUCACGAACGCCGGCGCCUGCGAGUGCGACGACGGCUACCUCCUCGACAACGGUGUGUGCACGUCGCUGUGUCCACCCAACUCGUUUCCGUCCGGCCCGGGCAAGUGCCAAUGCGACCCAGGGUUUGCCCUCGAUGCGCUCGGGACGUCGUGCGUCCUCGCUACCGGGAGUGGGCUCGUUGGCAUUGGCCUCGGCUCGUCGCCGUAG